AUGGAUUUGAAGAAGCAAAACCAAGCUGAAUCCAAGGUUAAGCCAUUUCCUCUUGAGAUUUUUGACUUGUCAAAGCUCACUGCUGCCAGAAAUGUCGAAAAUGCUGGAAGCCUCUUCAAAAACAGAAGGGUUGGUAAGGCAUUUGAUUUGAUGGAUCAGGCUAUGGUUGCUAAAUUAGAGAAGAACGGCACAUGGUAUGACGUGGAUUAG